AUGUCGAUUUUCACUCGGCGUAUCAAAGAACAGGAAGCUGAGCAUCAGAAACUGAGGCUCGAAAGCUCUUGGAGAUUUACAACAGAAGAGUUGGCUGCGCUCUUUGACCUUCUAGUCUCUUCUGCAUCCAGCGACGCGGCGGCCCGGGCACCAGCGCCGCCACCACCACCACCACCACCACCAUCAUCAUGGCACCCAGGAAACGGGGACAAGAAGAGCCUGGGGGAGCUGAUCCAUACCCUCAACGGCACCAAGAUCCCUGCAGAGACGGAGGUGGUUUGUGGUGCCCCCUCCAUCUACCUUGACUUUGCCCGCCAGAAGCUUGAUGCCAAGAUUGGUCUGGCUGCACAGAAUUGUUACAAGUUAUCCAAGGGCGCCUUCACGGGAGAAAUCAGCCCAGCCAUGAUCAAGGAUGUCGGUGUCACCUGGGUGAUCUUGGGACACUCUGAGCGAAGGCAUGUCUUUGGCGAAUCGGAUGAGCUCAUCGGGCAGAAGGUGGCCCACGCCUUGGCUGAAGGUCUUGGUGUCAUUGCUUGCAUUGGUGAGAAAUUGGAUGAGCGAGAGGCUGGCAUCACAGAGAAGGUGGUGUUUGAACAGACCAAGGCCAUCGCUGAUAAUGUGAAAGACUGGAGCAAAGUAGUUCUUGCCUAUGAACCAGUUUGGGCCAUUGGAUCUGGUAAAACUGCAACUCCCCAGCAGGCCCAGGAAGUUCAUGAGAAGUUGAGAGGCUGGCUGAAGAGCCAUGUGUCUGAUGCUGUUUCACAAUCAACACGAAUCAUCUAUGGAGGUUCCGUCACUGGUGGCAACUGCAAAGAACUGGCCUCCCAGCAUGACCUGGAUGGUUUCCUUGUUAGUGGCGCCUCCCUCAAGCCUGAAUUUGUGGAUAUCAUCAACGCCAAGCACUGAGACCUACUCUGCAGAGUCUGAAGUGUGGGGGUGGUUUGGAAUGGCAGGGGAAUGGCACCCAUCAUGGUCUGGAGAUAAAUACUGUAAAACGAUACGCCCACCCUCUGCACUGAAGUAAAAUGGUCUUGCCCUCAAA